UUUCCACAAACAACUGACAACAAUGACAGGAAAACAGUGGUCAGUUUCUGCGCAGGUAGCAAGUUGCAGAAUGUUGGGGCUUGUUCUGUAGCAAGGACAUUCUGACGUUCAUUCACACCUAUGGUACCUGCAGUAGGCAUGGGAAAUAUUUUGAAGUUGUUGCAAACUGGUACUAGCAGAUCCCGCAUGUGUGUUCAGCUGCAGCCGAAAAUGCCUGAGGCCGCCAAGUUGACCAGUCUAAGUAAUGGUGGAGUGCCCAUGCCCACUCUGCCGUCCAUCACAAUCAAUAAAAUGACCCAGGCCCAGUUGAGGAAGUUCAUUCCCCACCUGUUGCAAAAUGUGACUGGGGACGCCAUACCAGGCUUUGGGCCUGUACCUAAACCUCUAUGGUGGCCGAGUGAUGUCCCUUGGCACCACUCUAGGCUGGACCACAAGACAAACCCAUUCAAAGAGAGGUUUGAAACAGCCAUUGUUAUUAAAUUUAGGCUUAGUGCAUUCCAGUACAAGCGAAUUGAUUAUGAUCAUGAUUUGACUUACGACAGAAAGAUAAAAUUGCUGGGCCGUGUAGAUUUCAGAUAUGUCAAAUCAGUCCCAGAGUCUGCAGCCUCCCCCCUUACGAUGAUUGACAAUUACUACAGAGAUGCUACUAAUGCGGGGUUGAAGCAGGAGAGUUACACCAGGGACAAAUGGGGUGAGUUGCCUUCUUGUAACUUGAGAUCUAGUCCGCGCACAAGGCGAGUCAGUAACACCUUGCUUCCAGACAUCGUUCACCCCAGAAAUACACCAAUGCCAAGAAAAGAUUUUCCAUCCAUGGAAGCCAAACCAUUCCUGGAAAUUUACAUUUGUUUCUUCUGUGAAAAGGAAUUUGAGAACAAACGAGACAUGUGUCACCACCAAGCGCGUUGUAAAGAGCAGCCCCCAGAGCUCAAAGUUGUGUUGAGUCUACCUCGACAGCCACUUCAUAUUCAGCCUCCCCAGAUCAGCCCUGCGCCAGAGAUGUGUAUUCCUGUGGCAAGACCGCCAAAGAAGACUUUCAUGGAAAGUCUUAAUCUUCUUGCCUGUCAGAAGGCCAAGGAAAUAAAAGCUAAAGUUAGAGAAAGCACAGAUGUUGACUGUGAGAUUAUCGAUGUUAUUGAACCCCCCAAGACCCCAGUGGCUUUAACACCUCCUCGCACUCCUAAACUACUCAUCUCUCAGCUGAGCCGAGACGAGUCUUGGACACGUCGUAAAAGUGCCAGCUUCAGUUGGGCUCCAACUGAUCUGAGUGAUGAUGAAAGCAUUAACAGUGGCCCUUCUGAAAACGAACCAGAUAGUUUCAGCACUUGUCAGAGAAAUGCUUCUUUGCUUUCAAUUCCAUUCACAUCAUUACUUGGGCAAAGAAUUCGAAAACAUGUUAAAAGUGAAGGACAAUCUGCUGUGGUGUGGAAUGUGGAGUCCUUUUGCAAAACCCCUGUGAAAAACAAUGCCCUCCAACGACUCCGUGAAAGGCAAUCCAACUACCCAGUGACCUUCAAAAAAACCAAGCGAUUCUCAACUAAACACACUCAUGAAUAUAAAUUCAACAGUAAGCAGAAAAGUGACUUUUUGAAAUGUUUGGAAGUGGGACUUAGUAAAAGGAGCUUAAGGCUCUUGAAGAAAACCAGAAACUGUUCUGUGAAUCUUAAAAGGUUAACCAGAUCGCAGCUCAAUCAUUGGCUGAGGUCAGGACCAAAAGGGAAUGUAAGCUCAUCAAAGCCAGCAGUAAUGCCUGUGGACCAGAUGAAAAGUGCAGUGUGUCUUCUCGGGCGAAAUGUGUUUCCUCGACAGCCAGCUCUGCUGUCUGCUGAUAUGGACAGAAUUUUGGGGCUGAAGAAAAAGGUAUCACAAGAGGGUCAUCAGCAAGCUAAGUUACCGCUUGGUUCCAUAGUUUCUGAACAGCUGAAUGCAGAAGCUUCUCAGCAAAAAUUGACAGUGUAUCGAAGCUUGUUGUCGGAGUACUCCUCUUCUCACCCAGUACUUCAGCAUUCAGAAUCAUCGAAGUUACCCUGUCUGACAAAUCUGUUAAUGGUUCCAACCACAAAAACCACUUUGCCAAAGAAGCCAACACAACUAGCUCAGAUGUUGAACACACACGCUCAGUCAAUUGCCAGCUCAACCGCCUGGCAUUUCUGUGAACCAUGUGGAGAGCUGGCUAACAAACAAUGACUUUCAUGCCAAAGAUGAUGAGCAAAUCCCUUCUGUCAAAAAAGGUUGGACACCGGAUUUCCACUUCAACUACUGUACCAGACAAGACAGCAUCCCUCCGAGUGAAGCGAAAGCUAAAUAGUUCCAGUUCAAAAAGCAAAUAAGUGUGGGAAAUUCAGCGAAAAACUCGAAGACAGGCCCUUCGAGGGGGAUCAGACAGUAUUUCAGUACAUUCGUUGUCCUCUUCGGAAGACGAAAAUAUUGUAGAAAACAGCAGAUGUAACUCAGUGGAUGGCCUGCCGGUCAUCAAGAACACAUUUUCACUAGCACCAGGUCAUUUCAGCCAGUCA